CCCCCUCCCCCCUCCCCCCUGGACGGCAGCCUGUUCGGCCGGGACGCGUGGUCUCUGUUCGCGCUCCGCCUGCACACACACACACACACACUCUCUCUCUCUCCCACUCUCCUCUCCACCGUCUUCCUGUCCUCCUCCUCCUCCUCCUCCUCCUCUCCCUAAUAAAUCUUGCUCUCGUUUUCUCUCUCAUCAGUCUUCGGGGUUCUGAUCGCUCGCGUCGCAUCGCCGCCCGCCACCUCCCCUUCCAUCCAUGGCCAUGGCGUCUCUUCUCGAAUCCGGCUGGACGUAUCUGAUCACUCAUUUCAGUGAAUUUCAAUUGUCUAUCCUGGGCACGUUCAUAAUACAUGAAAGUGUUUUCUUCCUGUCUGGGCUUCCAUCAGUAUGCUUUGAGAGGGCAGGCCUUUUCAGCAAAUACAAAAUUCAGAGAAAGAGUAACACUCCAGAUGUACAUGGAAAAUGUAUUAUGCGCCUAAUCUUCUACCAUGUCUUUGUGAAUUUACCAGUUAUGAUCGUUUCCUAUCCUGCCUUCAGAUACAUGGGCCUGAGACGCAGUCUUCCAUUACCGCCCUGGAGCGUUGUUCUAUCUCAAAUACUUUUCUACUUUUUCCUGGAGGACUUUGUGUUCUAUUGGGGACAUAGAGUACUGCAUACAAAAUGGCUGUACAAGCAUGUCCACAGUGUUCAUCAUGAACAUGCUACACCAUUUGGAUUGACUUCUGAAUAUGCACAUCCUGCUGAAAUAUUGUUUCUUGGAUUCGCAACCAUUAUCGGUCCUGCUCUCACUGGCCCUCAUCUAUUAACUCUGUGGCUAUGGAUGAUAUUGAGAGUCUUGGAGACAGUUGAGGUUCAUAGUGGUUACCACUUCCCAUGGAGCCCUGCAAAUUUCCUGCCAUUGUAUGGAGGUGCGGAAUUUCAUGACUAUCAUCACCGUGUGCUCUACACCAAGUCUGGAAAUUACUCAUCAACUUUCAUCUAUAUGGACUGGUUGUUCGGAACUGAUAAAGGUUAUCGGAAGCUAAAAGCGCUUGAGGAGCAAGAAGGAAAACAAUGUUAAUUAGUGAGGCUUUCUCAAAAAUAUGCAAUGAGGUGUAUUCUUUCUAACAUCCUGAACUGGUCUAAAAGCAUCUCGGAAGUCUAAUGUUGUGUCUGAUGGUGCAAUUGUGAGCAAGGAUUAUAUGAACUUGAGGCGAACUAUUUGGUGAGCUCUCUUGUGUCCGUACCGUAGUGUACUGAUGAAGUGAUGUAGCUGCUUUUUUCUUGAUUAGAGAGCAGUGAUUGAGUGACAGAAACAUGUGUGCUUCCACCUUUUUGGCAUACAACGAUUCAGGCUCAUUGAAGUUUAAAACAUGAGCAGUGUUUGCUACCGGCA